UGGAUCCAAGACUCCAAGUACAAGUCUUGUAUGCAGCUGGCAAGUUUUGUUAACCCUCUAGGUAGCUUUAUAAUCCGGUCCCAGUGCUGCUGCUGUUGCUGCACAGAUAACUUGCUAGCUUUAGUUGAGGAGCUAGACAACAACCACACAACCUAGGGGAGGCAGAGAGACUUAGCAAUUAGUCAUGGCGGAGUUUGCGCUUGGGUUGACCAAGACGGCGGUAGCGGGGACGGUGAGCAAGGUGAAGUCGGCGAUCGAGGAGGAGGAAAAACUAAGGGCGGAUGUGGAGGAGGACCUGAAGUUCAUCACCGGGGAAUUCGAGAUGAUGCAGUCCUUUCUGAACUCUGCCCACACGGGGGAGCAUGCAUCCAAGAACCAGGUGGCGCGGACGUGGGUGAGGCAGCUCCGCGACCUGGCCUUCGAGGCUGAGGACUGCGUCGAGUUUGUGGUCCACCUCGACAAGGCAUCACGCUGGGACUGGGUGCAGCGCCUAAUCUCACCCCUGAUGUGCAGGGCAAGGCCACCGCUUCCCCUGGAUGAAGCGGUCGCGGAGAUAAAGCGGCUCAAGACAAGGGUAGAGUACGUAAGCCAGAGGUACACCCGCUACAACUUCGUGGGUACCAAUGGUGGCGGCGACGGCGACUCCUUGGGUCAGCAGCAUCAACUGCUUAUGCACCCCACGGCUCAUAGUACGGCGGCAACAGCGGCGGCCUUCCAUGACUUAAGGGAGGUGUGGAAAUCCAUGGGAAAGAUUGGUGAGCACAUCACGGAUGAUCUAAAAAGGUUGAUUGAUUGCCAAGGCAGCGAGCUCCAAGUGAUCUCUCUUUGGGGAAGUCCACAAGCUGAUGUUGUUGGGGAACAUGGGUGCAUGAGUAUUAUGAAGAAGGCGUAUGAUGACCCAGAGAUCUGCCAAGAAUUCAAGAAUCGUGCCUGGGUAAAGUUGAGUGUGCAUCAUCCUUUCAACCCGGUAGAGUUUCUGCACAACUUGCUGACUCAGUUUACUGCAUCUCACCAUCACCACCACCAUGAGGAUAUGUCCGAGCUCAUGCUGCAACUCAGCAAGCACAGGUAUCUCAUAUUCCUAGAGGAAGAGUUAUCCAGUGUCGCAGACUGGGAUGCCAUCAGAAAGUGCCUUCCGGAUGGCAAAAGGGGGAGCCGGAUUGUUGUCUCCACCAAGCACUUGAAAAUUGCACUUGUCUGCACGGGGGACCCCUACCAAGUUUCCCAGCUUAUACACUUGUCUCAUGACCGAGGUCUUUAUGCUUUUUUCCCAAAGGGCUGUGGGCAUCGCCAUGGCAUGGGCGAAUUCAUUUGGCAAUUAAGACGCCAGGGUGGAGUUAUUGCAUUGUUAGAACAGGAUUUGGAUUUGGGUGACAGAAGCAAGUUCAUGAGUCAACUGACCAACGACACCCUGAAUAAGUUGAGCGUACUCAAUGGAGUGAAAUUUGAAUACAGCUACCGGAAUAUCCGUACACAUGGAUUCGCUGGCCAGCAAAAUAUGAUGGUUGUUACCAUGGCCACAGAUAUACUUGUGCAGUCUUAUCCAAAAGAUGACCAAAACAAUGCAUUUGAACAGCUAAUGGGGAUGAAACAUGAGGAUGUAACAGAAAAGUGUCGCAAGUUUCUGACUGAAAAUGAUUACCUCCUCUUUAUUGAUGAGAUGGAGUCCCACGAAGAAUGGGACUUGAUAAACCGACAACUCUUAUGUGAGUCUACUAGAGCUUGUAUCAUUGUUCUUACAAAAGAUAACAGUGUGGCCACAUAUUGUGUAGAUCAUAAAGAAUAUCUGCUGCUCAACCUUAGAGAUCUGAUGAUCAAGGGUUGUGACCAUUGUGGAUAUUCAGAUGGAGGAGACAACAUAAAGAAAGAGGGUGAAUCUGAACUUGAUUUUGUUGGGCGUAGCGACGAGAAGGACUUUUUUUACGGCCGCACUCCUGAUGUGAAGUUGCUGUCUGUGUGGGGGAUUGCUGGUGUUGGGAAAUCAGCUAUCGUCUAGGAGAGUUUCCACGGCGAAGUGAUAACAGGCGGAUACUACAAAAUGCACAGCUGGGUGGAUGUGCCCCAUCCUUUCAACUUGACGGACUUAUGUCGGAGAUUGCUUCUGGAUUUUUCUCGGGAUAAUCUUGAGGCCCAAGAAACUGCAUUAAUUAGUAUGAUGGAAGGAAAAGACCCUAUUCCGGGUUGUUGUAAAAUUCUUCGUCAAAACGAUUGUCUGCUUGUCAUUGAUGGUCUGAGGUCGAAGCAUGACCGGGACUUGUUGAAAGCAGCCUUGUUUUCCCAGCCUGUUAUUGGUAGAACUAUUGUCAUUACACGUGAAGAAAGCGUCGCCACAUAUUGUACUAAUAAUAAAAAAGAUGAUAUUCUCAAUGUGAAAGGUCUAAAAGAUGAUGUGGCCCUUAAUCUCUUC